CCUGUCUGACUUCCGGAGAUUUGUUGGCUUUUGUGUGUUGUGUUUUCUGUCUGGAAGGGCGUGCGUUCAUGCACGAGUUCUGCAAACCGCACGCACCGUUACGGAAAAAGGGAGUGUCGGUGCAUAAAGCGGGACCAGACACCAGUAAAGGUUCCUAUGUGGAUUUUUCAUUAAAGUGUACUCUGGGUGUCCCUGAAUUGCUAUCGUGUUCAAGACCGUUCCAAAAUGAGUUGCACGGAUGAAGGUGAUGCGAAGAAGUUUCUUCGUAGUUUUUCGGAGGAGUUUCCGAACCCGCUAGGCACAGAAGACCCCCUUCCGGCCAGUCCACUCAGCCGCAAAGUGACUUUGCAGGAGGUGAAAGGAGAGAGUUUGGAUUUUGGUCUGCGACUCCUCUCAGCCAGGAACGCCCCCUCCUGGCUAAGUGCAGCGAUGUGUAAAGAAGCUGUCAAUGAAUUGCUUAAAGAUGACCUUUCACCUCACUACUGCUGCCCAGAUCCUGAACAGACAGAGGAAGAUGAACGGCAAGAACAAGAAGUUUUGUUACAGUCUGAGCCAUUGCAGCGCAUUUUUUUAAAUAAAUUGAGAGAGGUGGGUGUGGCCUGGCAAAAACAGAUGCCCAAUCCCGGGGCUCCAUCUUCAAAGAGCCACAGCUGUUCCGUACACGCCAUUCGAAACACCCGCAGGAAGAUGGAGGACCGUCAUGUGAUCCUGAAAGAGUUUAACCAGCUUCUAGGGCUGCAGGAUGGUGUUGAGCGAGAGUAUUACGCUGUGUUUGAUGGUCAUGGAGGGAUGGACGCGGCCACAUAUGCAGCCACUCACCUGCAUGUUGUACUGAGCCAGCAGGAGGCGCUAAAAAGUGAUGUUACCACUGCCUUCAAAAACACCUUUACACAAACAGAUGACAUGUUCAAGUUGAAAGCCAAGAGAGAGCGUUUGCGCAGCGGCAGCACUGGCGUUGCACUUUUGCUGACUUCUGAUUGGCUCACCGUUGCCUGGCUGGGUGACUCUCAAGCUAUGUUGGUCAGACAGGGAGAACCGGUGACCCUAAUGGACCCACACAAACCUGAGAGAGAGGAUGAGAAGAAAAGGAUUGAGGAUCUGGGUGGAUGCAUUGCUUUCAUGGGAUGCUGGCGCGUGAAUGGCACAUACGCAGUUUCCCGAGCAAUAGGUGACUUUGAUCAGAAGCCAUACGUCUCUAAUGACGCUGAUUGCUCCUCAGUAAAGCUGAACGGCAAUGAAGACUACAUCCUUUUGGCUUGUGAUGGUUUCUUCGACGUGAUUCAGCCCGUAGACGUCCCGGGAUUGGUCCUGGAGGCUCUGAGCUCCGGUGAGGAUGUAGCUCAAAGUCUGGUGGCCCAAGCCAAAGCAGCCGGUUCUAGUGAUAACAUUACAGUUCUAGUGGUGUUUCUUAAAGAACCGGAGAAAAUUUUGACCCACAAUACGAGUUCUGGAUCUGCCGAGGUUUUGCAAAGUUUUAAGUGUUAACUUGCCUUCAUUCACCAAGACAAGUCCGUCUUUAAAAAAGUUGCCUGGUAACAGCUUAUCUCAUUUACUGGUGCUUAAAUUAUCUGACAGAAUGUAAUACCUUUCAAACAUGUGCAAAAGAAAGGUGACCAAUGCCUGUUACAGGGAAGAUAAUACAGGUCUCACAGAUGUGGCAUCGCAUUUCGGACCACACUGGCAUCUUUCUGAUCUCUUUCAGCAUUUGUGCUAACCCAGUGUUGUAGGUUUAAGACUGUUAUUUAUUUCAUAAAAGUAUUUAUAGCUUAACUCUACUGUGUAAACAAGUUCCUUUACGUGCCAAAACUGUAUGUCGGUGUCUAACUUUGCCAAAACCACUUCUCUUUAGCUACUGCAAAUUUUGAAAAGCAGUUUUUGAAAAGUGCUCCCAUUCGGUAAACCUCGACCGACUUUUUUUUAUUUAUAAACGUGCUUUAGUUUUUACCACAGUGCCUUUUUGUUAUCAGUGUUAAUACUGGCUUGUGCGUAGUGGGGUGUUAUAUUAUCUUGGUUAGAUAUUUUGCCCAGCGAACCGCACGUCCUGCAUGCCGCAAGACUUCUCGUGUUACGGCCGAUUAAUAUUUUGAAAGCCUUGUGACAAGUAGCUGAUAUAGUUGCCAGGGCCCAGAAUAGAGCUAACCUACUGGAUACUGCAUGAGGACGGUGAAGACAGGACCAUGAUAUGUCGAUUUGGUUAAUAAAUGGAUUGUCGGCUUAGUUUGUGCAUUCUGAGUAAAUGCUUCAACCCUGGCCUGUGCCUAUUUAAACUUUUUCAUAUUGUAUAGUAGAGAAAGUCUGAGAUCACAUUGAAAAUCUGAGCGUAAAAGAGGAUUGAGUCUUAUUGAGCUGUUACACUGGAAAAAAAGUGUUGGGUUACUUUAAAGACCCCAUGAAAUCAAAACUGACUAUUCUUAUUUUUUAUAAAAUAUUGCAGUGUUUAUUAUAAAAGUGUAUCAGUGUAAGUCAUUAUUUUUUAUUCGUGUGCAAACUUCAGUCAAAAUCUAAAAAAUGCACUUCCGCCUUGUGGUGAUCAUUCUCUCAUGAUGUCAGCUUGAUGGCAUGGGCGGGACUAUUCAGUAACUCCGCCCCCUCCAUCUGUCAGUCUGCUCCAAGUUCCAUUUAAUGCCUACUUUUCUAUAUCCAAUCAAAGCACAGUGGGAAACACAAGCCACUCCCACUAUUUUCCUCGUAUAUUCCAUUUCACUUGGAAAUGCGUCACAACACAGAACUGAAGUUGACUUCCGAUUCAGGGGGCUUUAAACACAGCAUUAGGGCAAAAGGGACGAACCCAACCCAUUUGACCCAUGUUGGGUUGUCUUAAUCUAUCGUUGGGUCAAAUAUAAACACUUUCUGUCUGGAUUUGUCCCUUUUUAACCCAAUGCUGGGUAAAUAUUGGACAGAACACAUGCUGGGUUAUAAAUAAACCUAUAUUGGGAUGUUGUCGACCCAACCAUGAGUUGAAACAACCCAGCAUAGGUUUACUGAUUAACCCAAUAUGCGUUGGAUAACCCCAGCAUUGGGUUAAAAAUAAUCAAGAUGGUAAUGCUAAUUAUAAAUGUUAAAAAUGCAAAAUAUUAUGUUUGCUCAGAAACUUUCACUCCAAAAAAUAUUGGGUUAUUUAUGACCCAGCGUUUGGGCCAAAUAGGGACGAACCCAGCCAUUGGGUUAACUUAAACCAAAAAUUUUUAUAUUUUACCCAACAAUGGGUUAAAACAACCAGCAUUUUAGGUUAAAUUACAACCCCACAGGAGGGCUUCGUUCAUUUUUGACUCAAUGCUGAGUUAAAAAUAACCCAGCAUUUUUGGGUGUAGCAAUUGUGCCAAACCCAAUUUAAUAUAGGAUGAAAAUGUACAUUCUAUACAAUAUAGUGUUGAUUUUUCCUUCCCACGUGUUUUCAUUUCUUAAAUCUAUGCAUGCUAUCGCAUACGGUUCAUUAGGAAAUGUGACAUGUUGACCUUUGUGACAUCAGAAAUAAUCAUCAAUAAUGUGCUAAAUGCCUUACUUUAACUUAUGUCCACUGUUGUGCCAAAUAUAACUUGGCACUUUUUUCAACAUGUAUGUGUCACUGUUGACUUAAAUAUUAAAUGCAUUUUUGUACUUCGUAUUAUAACAUUUGAAAAGUGCAGCACUGAAUUAUGUGUUCGUAGGAGAAAGUAAAGACGAUGAAGUCAUUAGAUUUUAUGCUAGAGUAGUUUUUGUCUGCAGUAUUUUCACAGGACAUUUUGUAAUUGUUGCUGUUUGUAUUACUACUAAAGAGUGAACAUAAAUAUCAUGGGAACAGAUGGUGGAUGUGAAAGACACUCCCACAGUACAUGAUAAAGUGCCUUAUCUUAUUUUAAUUAUCUAAUGUUGCAUAUCAUUUACUGAUGUUGUGUACAAGUAACAUUUCGUAAAGUUUUCUACUGAAUAAAAUAAUAUAGAUUUCACAUUGAGUGUACUAUGGUGAAACUUGUAUCUUGACCAAUGUUCUUGCAUGUUGUGAUGUCGAUGUCAGCAUCUUCAGUGUCUGUUAAAACAUAAUAGCUGUACUAGUAUAUUUUUCUGUGGGCUUUUUAUGCAGUAUUGAAAAUCAUUCUCGUGCCUCUUUUUCAUGAUUUAAAACAAACAUUUGGCUAUAAUUAGACAUAAUGUGAAUAAAUUGUAUUUCACUUCA